AUGACCCGCGGCAAAGAAAUGACCCCACAGCUCCGCUCCCGUAUCUGCGAGCUCCACUCCAUCGGCUGGGGCGCGCGGAAGAUCUCCCGGGUGCACCCCGAGCUGUGGCUGAGCGGCAUCAAAUACACCAUUCGCAAAGAAAAGGACCAUCGACCUAAGAAGCUCUCCGAGGACCAGCGGGCGCUUAUCAGGGCGAUGGUCGAGGCCGACCCCGCCGUCAAGAGUGCAGUCCUUCCGCAGGCGGUGGGAAAUGCGAUUACCAAGCGGUCGCUGCAGCGGUUGCUCAAUGAGAAGGGUAUGGGGCUUCGGGCGUGA